GAUGGCAGGAUAGGAGAAUUCACCGCGCCUGGCCUGUACCCGUGGGCGGUGCCCGGAGCAGGCGGAGCUUAGCUGGCAGCGGAACCACAUUGGCUGCCUAGAGGAUAAGCGGAGGCGGGUCUACACCGCGGCAGAACUGACCCAACAACGCGAAACCCUAAGGUACCGGAAUUUGAGCCCCAGCGCGACUCCGAGCCUGAGCCCCGGCCCACAGCAGGUCCGCAGCAUGCUGAACAUGCGAUUCUUGGUGCCCCGGCUGCUCUGCCUCCAGGGCAGGCCUACCACGUACUCUACAGCGGCUGCUCUCCCAAAGCCGAUCCCAAACCCAGAGAUUCGCUACAACCAGCUGUUCAUCAACAACGAGUGGCGCGACGCGGUCAGCAAGAAGACCUUCCCCACAGUGAACCCCACCACAGGCGAGGUCAUUGGGCAUGUGGCCGAAGGAGACCGGGCGGAUGUGGAUCUGGCUGUGAAGGCAGCCCGGGAGGCCUUCCGCUUGGGGUCCCCGUGGCGCAGGAUGGACGCCUCAGAGCGGGGGCGGCUGCUGAACCGCCUGGCUGACCUUGUGGAACGGGACCGCGUGUACCUGGCCUCACUAGAGACCUUAGAUAACGGGAAACCUUUCCAGGAGUCUUAUGUCUUGGACCUGGAUGAGGUCAUCAAGGUGUACCGUUACUUUGCUGGCUGGGCUGACAAGUGGCACGGUAAGACCAUUCCCAUGGAUGGCGAGCACUUCUGCUUCACCCGGCAUGAGCCGGUGGGCGUCUGUGGCCAGAUAAUCCCCUGGAACUUUCCGCUGGUCAUGCAGGGUUGGAAGUUGGCACCAGCACUCGCCACAGGCAACACCGUGGUCAUGAAGGUGGCAGAGCAAACCCCACUUUCUGCCCUGUACUUGGCCUCCCUCAUCAAAGAGGCAGGGUUUCCCCCGGGCGUGGUGAACAUCAUCACUGGCUACGGCCCCACGGCGGGAGCUGCCAUUGCCCAGCACAUGGACGUGGAUAAAGUUGCCUUCACAGGCUCCACAGAGGUGGGCCACCUGAUUCAGAAGGCUGCUGGGGACUCCAACCUCAAGAGAGUCACGCUGGAGCUGGGUGGGAAGAGCCCCAGUAUCGUGCUGGCCGACGCCGACAUGGGUCACGCUGUAGACCAGUGUCACGAAGCCCUGUUCUUUAACAUGGGCCAGUGCUGCUGUGCAGGCUCCCGGACUUUCGUGGAAGAGUCCAUCUACCAGGAGUUUCUAGAGAGAACCGUGGAGAAGGCCAAGCAGAGGAAAGUGGGGAACCCCUUUGAGUUGGACACCCAGCAGGGGCCUCAGGUGGACAAGGAGCAGUUUGAACGAAUCCUGGGCUACAUCGGGCUUGGAAAGAAGGAAGGGGCAAAACUUCUCUGUGGUGGGGAGCGUUUUGGGGAUCGCGGCUUCUUCAUCAAGCCCACAGUCUUUGGGGACGUUCAGGAUGACAUGAGGAUUGCCAAAGAGGAGAUCUUCGGGCCCGUGCAGCCUCUGUUCAAGUUCAAGAAGAUUGAAGAAGUGAUCCAGAGAGCCAACAACACCAGGUACGGCCUGGCUGCAGCCGUGUUCACCCGAGACCUGGACAAAGCCAUCUACUUUACCCAGGCUCUGCAAGCUGGCACGGUGUGGGUGAACACCUACAACGUCGUCACGUGUCACACGCCCUUCGGAGGCUUUAAGGAAUCCGGUAACGGGAGGGAGCUGGGGGAGGAUGGGCUUAGAGCCUACACCGAGGUGAAGACGGUCACCAUCAAGGUUCCUGAGAAGAACUCCUGAGGAUGACGACCCGGGAGACCCAGCCCUGCCCUGCAGUCCCACAGCACCCAGCUAGCGGAUGGCCAACUUUGAUUUUAGCCCGAGUUCCUAAUGAAGUGUUACCAGAAGUGUCAGCAAAUAAGUAGUUAAAUCAGGACUAUUCUAUCGAAAGCAGAGAUGGUGGCUGUGCUCAGAGCACGGCCCACCUUGUCCCCAGCUCCCACCUCACAGAUGACCUUUGAGUUACUGCCAGGGAACCUUAGGAGCCUCCAGAAGGCAUAUCAAAAGCCGUUGACCACGGCCAUAAGAAGGAGUGAUGGACUGAUCCAGGAGCCGCAUGAAUGAGCCUCAAGGCCAGAAUGCUAAGCGAAAGAAGCCAGCUACACGAUGAGAUGCCCAAACCUACAUCUGUAGUAGAAAGUAGAUCAGUGGUUAGCAGGGUCUCGGGAGGGGAGGAAGGGAGUGACUUCUGGAUACGGGGUUCCUCUUGGUGAGGUUUUGAAAAUGUUGUGGAAUUGGGCAUCGGACAUGGUUGCACAACUUUAAACUGAUUUACUGCCAAAUUGUGCACUUAAUUAGGGUAUUAAUUUUAUUUUAAAAUUAAAACAAGCUCAAUGUUCUACUUGCAAA